AUGUUCUUCAACUUUGCAAUUCUUCUAGCUGGCGCUGGUUUCGCCGUUGCUCAAUCGGGACUCUCUUCGCAGUGCCAGAGUGCACUGCUUAACAUUUCAACCUCGUCCAGUGCCGCAUGUUUGAAUCCAUCAGGACUUAUCUCGCUCGUUAUCACGAACUCAAACUCAAGUUCGAUUAUUCCUGGUGUCAACACCUGGAUUUCGGGCUUGUGCUCUCAAGCCGCCUGUAGUAACUCGACCCUCCAAACUGUCGUAACAGACGUCAUUUCGGGAUGUUCUACUGAUCUCUCGAGUCUUGGAGUAAUUACCACCGAUCCCACUGCUAUUGUCACAUCCAUUCAGGCCUCUUACCCUACUGUUCGACAGCUUUUGUGUUUGACAGACAUUUUGUUGACCACUCAUUGUGUUCCUGAGGUGCUCACGGGCAUACAGUCUGCCACGACGACUCUUUCGCUAAAUAGCAUAAUCACACUUGUCACAAAAUUGGUGUCCGGUCGGAGCACUGGAAUUCCCUCGAGUGCUAUCUGCACCAAUUGCACUAAGGCCGCCUAUACCGUCCUUAGUCAGGGUCUUCCUGGUAUUGCUACCGCUGCUCAAAGUUCAUUCUCAUCCGAAUGUGGUGCCAACUACACAGAUGGUCAGAUGCCUUCUAGUAUUCAGGCGACAGCAGGCAAUUCCUCGUCAACAACCAGCAGUAGUGGUGCUAUUGCGCUUUCUGUUGGUAGUCUCAAAAUGGGUGCUGCUGCUGUUGCAGCCGUUUCAGCCGCCUUUGCAAUCUUUGCUUAA